AUGGUGGCCUACGAUGCCGCGCACACGGCUGAGCUCAAGAAAUGGCUCUCGGAGCAAUUGGACGGUAUCUGCGAUGCCGAUCCAGAGGUCCUUUCUGACUAUGUGCUUGCCCUGCUCAAGCACGAAGUGUCGGAUGACGCACUCUCUGGCAUCCUCACAGAAUCACUAGAAGACUUCCUAGCUGAGCGUGAGUUGUCGGAGUUCUCCGCUUGAUCGGCUCAUUGCCGCGUGCUGACUUGAUCAAUCGCUCGCGCAAGCAGAUACCGAACCUUUUGUAAAACUAGUCCAUGCAGCUCUCAAGGACCAGUCUUAUCUUCCCGCAGCUUCACGCAAGCGACAAGCUUCAGAGGCACCUGCAGCAUCAUCUAGUCAAAUUCCCUCCGCAGCCACCUCUGUUCAAGGCGCCGGUGCAGAAUCAGGGGAUGGACCAUCCUCUUCUAACGGGACCCGUCAGAGUGAUCGCGGCGGUGAUCGGGAUCGCGAGCGCGAUGGUAAAAGGAGAAAAGGGGACGGAGCAGGGGAGAUCAGGCGCGGACUUUGUAGAGACUACCAUCGUGAGUGCUACCAUUGCGCGCGAGAAUCCUGCGGCGUGUGCCUGACAUCAGGCUUCACUAUGCCGCCGUCACCGGUAGAAAAGGGCUGGUGCUCGCGCGGUGCAGAAUGUAGAUUUCAACACUCGACAGACGUGGUCAACGCGCCUGGCAACGGGGCGCACAACCACCCAAAUUUCACUCCAAAUGGCCCAAUGCCAAUGAUGCUUGGCGCUGGUCCGAUCAGGCUAGGUGGCCCAGGUGGUGCACCUCAGCCUUUUGGUGGCAUGCAGCAGCCAUUCGCAUUCAGUGGACCCAUGCCUCGAGGACCUUGGCCAGGACCAGGUCAGCCUGGCUUUUCUCAUGCAGGAAGCCCACCAGUUGGUCCUCAAAUGAACCCUGGAGGCCCACCGGAUCAGGCGGCUGGGCCAGGCAUGGGUGCGCAAAUGCCGCCCAACUUUCCGCCUCAGCAGCAGCAACAGCCUUUCAUGUCAGACAGCGCGGGCAUGUCUGGAAGACCGGUGGUCGGUGGUCGCGGUGGAGGUCACCGUCAGCAUCAAGGUACAUUCCGGCAGAGGAAGAGCGAGACUGCCCUGGUAGUGGAAAACAUCCCACCCGAGUCUUUGGAGCUGAUCAAAGUCAACGAAUUCUUCAAGCGCUUUGGCACUAUCACAAAUAUUCAAAUCGACGUACCUGGAAAGAAGGCAUUGGUGGAAUACUCUAAGCCGGACGAGGCCAAAGCUGCUAUUAGCUGUCCUGACGCAGUGCUUGGCAAUCGGUUUGUGAAGGUUUUCUUCCAGCGAUUCGAGGAUGGUUCAUCCAAUGGGCAGCCAGCUUCAUCACCUGCUGCAUCCACAGCCGCCCGUCCAAGACCACCUCCUCCAGAGAAACCGGCAUUUGUAGUGGGACAAAACCAGUACCACGCACCUGGUGUGCCGGUCUCGGCAGGUCAACGCGCAAAAUUGAUCGCGAUGCAGCACGGUGCACAGCGGAAGGUUGAUCACCUGCUCGGAGAGCAAAAGACUUUAAUGGCCGCCAUCACCAGUCCUUUGACGUCGACGGAGGCCAAGAAAGCCUCGAUGACGCGGAUGAAAGCCAUCGAGGGCGAAUUGGGUGCUGCUACUACGCAGCUGAGAGAGGCGAUAAAGGCUGUCCAGUCUUUGCCCCCUCCACCGCCUGCUGAGGAUCCCGCGAAACGGAAGGAAAUGAAAGAAAAGGCCGAGAGAGAGCAGAUGGACAGAGAGUUGGAUAUGCAUAGCCGAGGCGAGAGCAGCGAAAGCACGGAGGAGCUCAAAGCGAAGUUGGAAAAGCUCAGGGAAGAGGUGAGUAAAUGAAGAGGUCGCUGCGACCGUUCUGCAAUGUGCUAAUAUCAGCUUGUCUUCUGCCGGCGAACUCUUUCCAAUGACAGGCCGCUGCGAUUGGGUUAGAUGCGAACGGCACACCCACUCAUGAAGGCGGCUACAGGGGUAGAGGGCGCGGACGCGGGACUUACUUCUCCAGAGGUCGAGGCGCGUACGGGCAAAGGCCCAGCAUGAGGCUCGAUAAUCGCACGACCAAGCUUGUUGUCAGUGACGUGCCCACGGAGCACAAGGAGCAAGUAAAGGAGCAUUACAAGGUGAGCGAGAGGUGCAGGCAGGUAGGGCGCGAGGCAAGGCUAGAGUGCCUUGCAAGUACGUGCAUCGAUGGCUUAGACGCGUGUGCCCCCCUUUCCUCCACAGCAAUUUGGCGAGGUGGAGGAUAUCUAUGACUCGAGCCCGCGGGCAUUCAUCAUCACGUACAAGGCGCGACCGAGCGGUGAAGCCGUGAGUAAAGAGCGAAAGCGUACGUCAGCACAUGAGCUCGCGAAUCAAAGCUGAGUGAUCCGUCGUCCUUUCUCCUUUGUUGCUUCUUCCAGGCCAUGCGGGCUAGCACGGAGAUUGCCACCGUUGGGAUAGUGAAGCUAGCAUGGGCAGCAACGGAUGCGGGACCACAGGCUCAAACCGUCUCGGCCGCCUCUGGUGCUCCCUCUUCCUCCUCAACACAGACCAGCAAUGCGAUAUCGAGCUCAUCGGACGGGAACAAGGCCGUCCCGAGCGAUGGAGAAGCGGAAGAAGGAGAAGAGAAGGAUUGGAGGCCUGCAUGA